AUUACAGUGAGGAACCUGAUAAACCGUGGGAAAAGGCCACAAGUGCCUAAGUGGAAGGGCAGCGUAGCAGUGGUUUGCGCUUGAGCAACGCGGGAAAUCCAAAAGCGAGACUGUGGGAGAAAGUUCCGGAGAGAGAGAGAUUGCAAUCCAGGGAGGGCCAGGGGGAGAAGAUGAAGGAGAGAACCGGAAAAGGGGGUCAGCCGUCGGUUAACGAGCGCUACACACAGUGGAAGUCUCUAGUUCCCGUUCUCUAUGACUGGCUUGCUAACCACAAUCUUGUAUGGCCAUCUCUUUCCUGCAGGUGGGGGCCACAAGUGGAGCAAGCAACUUACAAGAAUCGCCAACGGCUCUACCUCUCUGAGCAGACUGAUGGUAGUGUUCCAAAUACACUUGUGAUUGCAAAUUGUGAAGUUGUAAAACCUAGGGUUGCAGCUGCAGAGCACAUCUCACAGUUCAAUGAAGAGGCCCGAUCUCCUUUUGUAAAGAAGCACAAAACAAUCAUACAUCCUGGCGAGGUUAACCGAAUCAGGGAAUUGCCUCAGAAUAGCAAGAUAGUGGCCACACACACUGACAGUCCGGAUGUUCUCAUCUGGGAUGUUGAGUCUCAGCCUAGUCGACAUGCUGUUUUGGGAGCCUCUGACUCUAAGCCAGACUUGGUGUUGACAGGUCAUCAAGAUAAUGCUGAAUUUGCACUUGCCAUGUGCCCAACGGAGCCCUUUGUGCUAUCUGGAGGGAAGGACAAGUCAGUAGUGUUGUGGAGCAUUCAUGACCAUAUCUCUACCUUGGCAACUGAUCAGGGUGAUAAGAAGCCUCUGGGAUCUGGAGCCACUAGCACUAAGCUGCCUGCAAAUAGUCCUACUGUUCAAGCUCGAGGUGUUUUCCAAGGGCAUGAGGAUACUGUUGAAGACGUUCAGUUUUGCCCUUCAAGUGCACAGGAGUUCUGUAGUGUUGGUGAUGAUUCAUGCUUAAUAUUGUGGGAUGCAAGACGAGGUUCAGCUCCCGUCAUGAAGGUUGAGAAGGCUCACAGUGCUGAUCUCCAUUGUGUUGAUUGGAAUCCAUUUGAUGUAAAUCUUAUCUUGACUGGGUCUGCUGAUAACACCGUCCGUAUGUUUGACCGCCGUAAACUCACUUCUGGAGGAGUAGGUUCUCCUAUCCACAUAUUUGAAGGUCAUUCUGCUGCUGUUCUAUGUGUCCAGUGGUCUCCAGACAAGUCAUCUGUCUUCGGAAGUUCUGCUGAGGAUGGUAUCUUGAAUAUCUGGGAUCAUGAAAAGAUUGGUAAGGAGGAUCCUGGGAAAAAACCUCCAAAUUCCCCUCAAGGCUUGUUUUUCCGUCAUGCUGGACACAGGGAUAAGGUGGUUGACUUCCAUUGGAAUGCAUCAGACCCGUGGACAAUUGUUAGCGUCUCUGAUGAUGGUGAAAGCACUGGUGGAGGUGGCACUUUGCAGAUAUGGAGAAUGAUGGACAUCAUUUAUAGGCCACAGGAUGAGGUUAUUACUGAGCUGGAGAAGUUCAAAUCUCACCUGCUGACUUGCUCUUAAUUUCGCCUACUUCUCUCCAGGGAUGAAAACUUGUAAUUUAUUUGGCUGAUUUCAGAUUCCUUAGUAAACUAUAUAACCUUGGGGAUUUAUCUGUUCUGUAAUCUCUAGAUUCGAGACCUAUCUACAAUUGAACUCCUAUAAUGCCCUUAUAAUACAAGUCAAGUUUCUAGCAAA